CGCUGUGACGCAGCCCAGAGUCCUGGCUGGAGGGCUGCUUCAUGCUUCCCACUGGCAUUCAAGCUUAUGCGCUUCAUGCUGCCACUGCACCCUCCCCCGUGACUGUUGUCCCGUUACUUGGGGUCCAUCAGGGCUCCCCAGGUGAACACAAGGAUCCCACCCAUCCAGUCGGAGCAAGGGGGAUGACUGAAAGAAGUUGUGUGAUCCAGAAAAUCAGGCGGUACUGACGGUGCUGUUCCAAGAGGCGCAGUCCUUCAAAACAAUAUGAUGUCUGCAAUAGAGACUGGUGCCCCUGUGUACCAACCUGCACAGUUGCUCAACUGGGUCUAUAUGUCCUUGCAAGACACUCAGAGCAGCACUUUUGAUGCGUUCAAAGCCGAGUCGGACAGUUCUCCUCAGGACAUCAACAUCUCCAAGCGCAGCGCAGCUGAUCUGAGCGCCAACUAUCUCAACAACUUCAUCCAUCUGAGGAGUGAGGCCUUGAACAACAAUUUCUACAAGAGCUCCUCACCCUACGGGUCCCUAAACAAUAUCGUGGACGGCCUGAGCUCUCUGGCGGACCACUUUUCUGACCUCUCCCUGUCCCCUGAGACACGCAAACCCAGCAAAAGGCCACCGCCCAACUACCUGUGCCACCUUUGCUUCAACAAAGGCCACUACAUCAAAGAUUGCCCUCAGGCUCGGCCCAAAGGUGAAGGCCUGACCCCAUAUCAGGGAAAGAAGAGGUGUUUCGGUGAAUAUAAAUGCCCUAAAUGCAAGAGGAAGUGGAUGAGCGGGAACUCCUGGGCCAACAUGGGACAAGAAUGUAUCAAGUGCCACAUCAACGUUUACCCUCAUAAGCAGAGACCUCUGGAGAAACCAGACGGGUUAGAUGUAUCAGACCAGAGCAAAGAGCAUCCACAACACCUGUGUGAAAAAUGCAAAGUCCUCGGCUACUACUGCCGCCGCGUGCAAUAACACACUCUACUCGCCUCACGUACCCCUCCAAAGUUUUAUCAAAGUAUUUGAAUGACUAAAACGACGUGAUUAACUUUAUUGUACUGUACUGCAUCUAACGGUUCAUUGUCAUGACAUAUUCUCUGUGACACUGUGACUCUCGUUUUUCUCCAGUCUCUUUCAGUGGAGACGAGUAUUUUGCAUUUGCUGGGUUCUUGUAACUUACUUAGUUAUCAUUAUGUGAAUAUUCUUAACUAUGAAUCUCACCAACUGUGAAUUAAGAAACUUUGCUCUGUGUCUGUCUUCGCUCAUGUCCAACAUGUUGGGACUAAAGUGAAGUUUCCAGAUAAAGAUUCUCCUUUACAUGUUUGUAUAUUCCAGAAAUAACUUAAAUGAAAUGUUUUCUGUAUAAAAUAUGCAACAAGUCUUUACUAAGAAGGAUAUGCACUAUUAAUGUGUAUCUGCAUUAUUAUCUGUAUUACCAGUACUGGAGGGUACAUACUUUUUGAAUAUAUUUUGUAAGCUAUUACCGUUUUUUUUAUUAUUACACUUUGUGAAGGACUAUAUUAGCCAACUAACAUUUAUUCUUAAGUAUGUGCCUGUAUUUCUGAAGACACCUUUUAGGAACGCUGUCCUUCCUAAAAGCAAUGCAAUAUGAUAGAAACAUUGUUUUCUGAAAAAUAGAAUAAAUUACAGCGGUUAUAUUUUGGCACCCAGUGCUAAGAAAGACUCAAAGUGUUUUUUUAUGGGUCAGAGGUUGUGAUGUCUCAUAAUGUAACAUGAGACAACAAAGCAGU